AUGCAUGGCCAAGAAAAGUGGACGCGUCCGCCUGUGCGCAGCUUGAAGCGCGGCAGUUUGCGCCUGGUGUCGACUAAGUCCGAGACUCGCUCUCGACGCGAGAAGCUUGUCGUGUUGAAGAAGCUGUCACCAGUCAAGCUUGCGAAGCACUUGCAGGAGUUGGGCCACCUUCCGGUCCUGAACAAGAAGUCGGCAUGCUUGUUCUGUGGGCACAAAACGCUUAGUGUCCACGGCUGGCUUUGGUGCAUGCUGCUUUCGCUGCACACGCAAGUGUUGUACAAGCAGCAGCAUUUCCUUUCCAACUCACCGUUGUUUUGCGUCGGCCGCGGUGCAGACGUCCUACCUCUGCAGCAACAAGUAGCCAUCCUGUGGCACUUGGCUUGGCGAACGCCCUCCCGGCUUGUGCGUGCCGAGGUUGGUUGCAACGAGAAGCGCAUCGACAACAUGCGCACCCGCUGGCGUGGAGUUCUGACCAAGUUCGUGGAGGAGAAGCAAACUCGCGCUCAAGGGGGUGACUUUCAGGAAGUAGAAGUGGAUGAGACCGUCGCGUGCAAGCAAAAGGUUGGUGACAAAGUGUGCUGGCAAACCUUUGUCGGCUCCAAGGUGCGCGGACAACGUGAGUCCUUGGUGCUGCAAAAGCGUGUUUUUGGAAACAGCUUGUCGAAGGUGAGGCACGACAGCGUGUGCCACAGCACCAAAAGCGGCCCGUACUUCACCAAGAACUGCACUCACAAGGGCGUCAAAAAGGUUGGCAAGCGGCAGGGCAACCUCAAGACCGUGGCAAGCACACCGUGCAUUGACGGGACCUGGACGUCCGAGCUGGUCGUCCUUGCAGCCGAAGUCCUCUCAAAUUUCUCCGCUCUCGACUGGGCUGAUGUUCUGAGUGCAGAUGACGUGACUACGCGGUCUUGGCUUCCCGUCGUGCAUCAAGAUGUUCCAACGACCUUCGUGGCCAAAGUGGAACAACCAUACAGUCAGCACACUGCUGUUGCUGAGGCUAAGUGCUCCAAACUAGAUAACCAGUUCUUUCAGCUUUCAUUUUUGGCUUGUCACGCAGACCGUGAUCAGGUCGCUUCUGUGAUCGCCGCAUUGUCCGAAGCCGCAGACAUCUUGCAUAGUCCUGCUUACAACAGUAUCUUUCGUGCAGACAUUGCUUUGACCAGACUGUUUGACGGUCUGACCGUGAUUUUUGUCGAUACAGCUGUUCUAGCGGAUGGCUGGCUUGUGCGGGGACGUCGUCUCGCUCAAGCCUCCACGCCAACCAUUGAGUGCUAG